CUGGAGCGGGGCCGAACUCGACUUGGGAGGCCCCGUCGGCCCGCCGCUCUGGUCCCGCGCCCCGGCCUUCGCCCAUCUCCUCGCAGCGACCUGUACCUGGGUGGAAGGCUGAGGUGCAGGCAGUCAUGGCGCUGCGUGCUGCCGUGUUCGACCUGGACGGGGUCCUGGCGCUGCCCUCGCUCGCCAGCUCCUGGGAUCGUGCGGAGGAGGAGCUGGCGCUGCCCAGAGGUUUUCUGAAUGGAGCUUUCGUGAAAGGAGGCCCAGAUGGUUCCAGUGCCCGCAUGAUGAAGGGAGAGAUCACAUUUUCCCAGUGGAUGCCAUUCAUGGAAGAAAACUGCAGGAAAUGUUCUGAGGACUCUGGAAUCUGCCUCCCUGAGAAUUUCUCUGUAAAUCAGAUCUUUGGCAAGGCGCUUGCAGCAAGAAAGGUCAACAACCCCAUGCUUCAGGCAGCUCUCACUCUCAAAAAGAAGGGAUUUACAACCUGUAUCCUCACCAACGUCUGGCUGGAUGACAGCACCCAGAGAGGCAGCCUGGCCCAGAUGAUGUGUGAGCUCAGGCCGCACUUCGAUUUCCUGAUUGAGUCAUGCAGGAUCGGAAUGGCCAAGCCUGACCCUCAGAUCUACAAGUUCGUGCUGGACGUCUUGAAGGCCAGCCCCAGUGAGGUGGUUUUCUUGGAUGACUCCGGGGUUAAUCUGAAGCCGGCCCGUGACCUGGGGAUGGUCACCAUCCUCGUCCGUGACACUGACACUGCCCUGAGGGAGCUGGAGAAAGUAACCGGGGUGCAGCUUCUCCAAACUGCAGCCCCCCGACCAAUCCCCUGCGAUCCAAGCACCGUGAGCCAUGGGUACGUGCCCAUAAAGCCUGGGAUGUGUCUGCAUUUUGUGGAGCUGGGCUCUGGCCCUGCCGUAUGCCUCUGCCAUGGAUUUCCGGAGAGCUGGUUCUCUUGGAGGUACCAGAUCCCUGCUCUGGCCCAGGCGGGCUUCCGGGUACUAGCGGUGGACAUGAAAGGCUAUGGAGGGUCAUCUGCUGCUUCUGAAAUAGAAGAAUAUUCCAUGGAAGUGUUAUGCAACGACAUGGUCACCUUCCUGGAUAAGUUGGGCAUCGCUCAAGCUGUGUUCAUUGGCCACGACUGGGGUGGCGUGCUGGUGUGGAAUAUGGCUCUUUUCUACCCCAAGAGAGUGAGGGCAGUGGCCAGCUUGAAUACUCCCUUCAUACCAGCAAAUCCCAAAGUGUCCCCAAUGGAGAUAAUCAAAGCCAAUCCUGUCUUUGAUUACCAGCUCUACUUCCAGGAACCAGGAGUGGCGGAGGUUGAACUGGAACGGAACCUGAAUCGGACUUUCAGAAGCUUCUUCAGAGCAAGUGAUGAGACUUUUCUCACCACGAACAGAGUCUGUGAAAUGGGAGGACUCUUUGUGAGUACCCCAGAGGAGCCCAGCCUCAGCAAGAUGGUCACCGAGGAGGACAUCCAGUUCUAUGUUCAGCAGUUCAAGAAGUCUGGUUUCAGGGGCCCUCUAAACUGGUACCGAAACAUGGAAAGGAACUGGCAGUGGGGCUGCAAAGGCUUGGGAAGGAAGAUCCUGAUCCCGGCCCUGAUGGUCACCGCAGAGAAGGACUUCGUGCUCGUUCCUGAGAUGUCCAAGCAUAUGGAGGAGUGGAUCCCCCACCUGAAAAGGGGUCACAUUAAGGAUUGUGGACACUGGACACAGAUGGAGAAGCCCACGGAGUUGAAUCAGAUCCUCAUUGAGUGGCUGGAGACUGACGCCAGAGACCCACCGGAGGUCUCGAAGCUUUAGGGUGUGACUUGUGUCAGCCGCCAGCAGGCACUGCAACCGCUUCAUCUGCUGGGGGCGCUUCUCUGGUACCCGGCUGGGGCCUUACCCACAUCUCUCAAAACCAGCAGCGUUGUUCUGAAGGGGUUCGCAGCAAAGAGUGAUUUUCUCUAAAUGAAAUGAGUCAGAUUUGACAUCAUUUUAGAUACAGGAAAAAUCACGUGUGAUUAAUCCUCUGGGUAUAAACGGAUCCCUUUAUGUCUAAGGAUGGUUAGUGUUCCGUGGGGGACAACGGGAUGGCCGGGGGUGAUUUCUCUUUGAUAAUCAAGUCAGCGUUU